GUCGAUGAGGAGAGAGCCGGCCGGCGAUGCGGGUAAGAGAACCCGGCGGCGUGGGAUCGGGCGGGAUGUGGCGGGAGCCUAGAAGAAGCCCCGUCCCACGACUCUGAGGCGACUCUCUUGUGACUGCCACGGGUCCCAAGCGCCAAAGAGAUGGAUGAAACUCUUGCUGAGUUUUUCAGGAGGACCAUCUUGAAAAUCCCAAUGACUGAAAUGAUGACAAUCCUAAAAACCUGGAAUUUUUUGUCUGAAAAUCAACUGCAGACCGUAAACUUUCGGCAGAGAAAGGAAUCUAUUGUUCAGGACUUGGUUCUGCUUUGUGAGGAGAAUCAUGCAAGUCUCAAUGACGCAGCCCAUUUAGACAUCAUUUAUACUCAGUUUCAUCGGUACCAGAAAAUUUGGGAUGUUUUUCAGAUGAGUAAAGCACCAGGUGAUGACAUCGAUCUUUUUGAUAUGGAACAAUUCAAAAGUUCAUUCAAGAAAAUUCUUCAGAGAGCAUUAAAAAAUGUGACAGUCAGCUUCAGAGACGCGGAGGAAAACUCGGUAUGGAUUCGAAUUGCCUGGGGAACACAGUAUAAAAAGCCAAACCAGUACAAACCUGCUUACGUGGUAUACUAUUCCCAAACUCCAUAUGCCUUCACUUCGUCCUCCCAACUGAAGAGCAAUCUACCCCUUCUGGGUCAGGCACUGACAGUUGCUAGCAAACACCAUCAGAUUGUGAAAAUGGACCUCAGAAGCCGGUAUCUGGACUCCCUUAAGGCUAUUGUUUUUAAACAGUAUAAUCAGAGCUUUGAAACUCACAACUCUACUACAUCUCUACAAGAAAGAAGCCUUGGGCUAGAUAUAAAUAUGGAUUCAAGGAUCAUUCAUGAAAACAAAGUUGAAAAAGAAAGAGUGCAGAGAGUGACUCAAGAAAUUUUUGGAGACUAUCCUCAACCAAGACUAGAAUUUGCACAAUAUAAGCUUGAAACGAAAUUCAAAAGUGACUUAAACGGGGGCAUCCUGGCUGAGAGAGAAGAGCCCCUCCGGUGCCUGGUAAAGUUCUCUAGCCCGCAUCUUCUGGAAGCACUAAAAUCCCUGGCCCCAGCCGGUAUUGCAGAUGCACCACUUUCUCCACUGCUCACUUGCAUACCCAAUAAGGGAAAGAAUUAUUUUAAAAUUAGAGAUAAAUAAGCUAUAUGUGGUUUUUGUUAAGUACAGCAUCCUUGACUGUAUUGCAUAUGAAUUUUAGUUAAUGACUAGCUGGAGAGCUUCUAUCUACAAAACCUGUUUUAGAAAUUCAUCCUUGAUAUCGAAGAUUUGGAAAUGUUCAAUGUAAUUCUUGGGACUGAUUCUUUCCUCCUGCCGCAAAGCAUAGCAGUCACAGGACUAAGAUGUGACAGGAUGUCUUUUCUUUCACUCCUGUCUCUCCUCAAUCCCAGAGAGGUCUGAUUCCAUUGGGAUUUUCUCUUACGACUUGGAUCACAGAAAGAAGCACCAAGAAACUACACCGAACUCAAAAUUUUCUAAGAGAAGCAUAAAAUUGGUCCAUUCAAAGGGCACAUUUGGGCCCAUUAAGUUAUUAUUGCAGGAGGUAGCCUACUAGGUGAUUCAGUUAUAUAAAAUAAUGAUUUCAUUGUAAAUAUGAUAUUUCUCAUAAUCUAUUUUAUCACACAUAUGGCAUUCAAACUGACUGGUAAUAUACCAAUUUGUAAAUAAAGAUAUUUAAAAACUGGUA